CUUUAACAAGAUCAAAGCUACGGGUGACUGCAGGAAUGUGCUGGACAAAGGCUGUCACUGUUAACUGUUGCCUGAUGGUUACAGCACCAUGAGUGCUGAGGAGGACGCCGAGUGGCUUCGGUGGGUGACGCGCCAGUUUGACAGCAUUGCAGGAGAAGACCGGGAGAUCAACCUGCAAGAAUUCAAGGCAGCCCUGAACUUGAAAGAGUCCUUCUUUGCAGAGCGAUUCUUUGCCCUGUUUGACUCCGAUGGAAGCGGCACCAUCGCCCUGCAGGAGCUGCGGGAGGCACUGACCCUGCUCAUCCACGGCAGCCCCAUGGACAAGCUCAAAUUCCUCUUCCAGGUGUACGAUGUCGAUGGAAGCGGCUCCAUAGACGCGGAUGAGCUGCGCACGGUCCUGCAAUCAUGCCUGCGUGAAAGCGCCAUCUCGCUGCCGGAUGAAAAGCUGGACCAGCUAACACUGGCCCUCUUCGAGUCGGCUGACAAGGAUGGCAGCGGCGCCAUCACCUUCGACGAGCUACGCGACGAGCUGGAGAGCUUCCCUGGUGUCAUGGAGAACCUAACCAUCAGCGCCGCCCACUGGCUGACGCCCCCCGCCGCCUGGCCGCGCCCGCGCCGCCCGCGCCAGCUGACCGCCGCCUACUGGCACAACCACCGCAGCCAGCUGCUCUGCCUGGCCGCCUACGCGGGCCUCCACGUGCUGCUCUUCGCGCUGGCGGCCAGCGCGCACCGGGCCUACGGCGCCAGCGUCAUGGUGGCCAAGGGCUGCGGCCAGUGCCUCAACUUCGACUGCAGCUUCAUCGCGGUGCUGAUGCUCAGGCGCUGCCUUACGUGGCUGCGGGCCACAUGGGUGGCUCAGAUCCUGCCGCUGGACCAGAACAUCCAGUUCCACCAGCUCAUGGGCUACGUGGUGGUCGGGCUCUCCCUCGUGCACACUGUGGCUCAUGUGGUCAACUUUGCACUCCAGGCUCAGUCCGAGGCCAGCCCUUUCCGGUUCUGGGAACUGCUGCUCACCACAAGGCCUGGUAUCGGCUGGGUCUAUGGCUCGGCCUCCCCGACGGGCGUUGUUUUGCUGCUGCUGCUUCUCCUCAUGCUCGCCUGCUCCAGCUCUUGCAUCCGCAGGAGUGGCCACUUUGAGGUGUUCUAUUGGACCCACCUGUCCUACCUUCCCAUGUGGUUCCUGCUCAUUGUGCAUGGGCCCAACUUCUGGAAGUGGCUGCUGGUCCCCUGCAUCUUGUUCUUCCUGGAGAAGGCCGUCGGGCUGGCAGUGUCCCGCAUGGCAGCCCUGUGCAUCACGGAAGUCAAUCUGCUCCCCUCCAAGGUCACUCACCUCCUCAUCAAGCGGCCCCCGCUGUUCCACUAUAGGCCUGGUGACUAUGUAUACCUCAACAUCCCCACCAUCGCUCGCUACGAGUGGCACCCUUUCACCAUCAGCAGUGCCCCGGAGCAGAAAGACACCAUCUGGCUGCACAUCCGAUCUGAAGGCCAGUGGACAAACAGACUGUACGAGUCUUUCAGGGCUUCAGACCCAGUGGCCCGUGGCUCCAAGAGGCUGUCGACGAGUUUGAGGAUGAGGAGGAGUCAGAGAAGGCCCCAGCCCGAGCCCAUCCACUCCUGCACCUCGGCUCAGGAAGUAGUGGCUUCCGACAAGGACUUUACUGUGGACCUGACGUCCUGCGGCCCUGAGGGGACUCCGUGCCAGGGAGGCGAAGGGCUCGUGUACUUGGGGACAAAGGAAGGAACACAGGCACGGUGGAGAGCCGCUUCCAAGGCCCAAGACGUGGCCCCUGAGAUGCCCUCUGAGAACCACCAAUUCUGUAACAUCAAGUGCUACAUAGACGGACCUUACGGCAGCCCCACCCGCCGGAUCUUCGCCUCUGAGCACGCUGUUCUCAUCGGGGCCGGCAUCGGCAUCACCCCCUUUGCUUCCGUCCUGCAGAGUAUCAUGUACAGGCACCAAAAGAGAAAGCGCCUUUGCCCCAGCUGCCAGCACUCCUGGAUGGAGGGUGCCCAGGAUGACGAAAUGAAGCUCCACAAGGUGGACUUCUUCUGGAUAAAUCGGGACCAGAGGUCUUUCGAGUGGUUUGUGAGCCUGCUGACCAAACUGGAGAUGGACCAAGCUGAGGAGAAUCAAGACGGCUGCUUCCUGGAGCUGCAUCUGUACAUGACCUCUGCACUGGGCAAGAAUGACAUGAAAGCUAUUGGGCUGCAGAUGGCGCUUGACCUGCUGGCCAAGAAGGAGAAGAAGGACUCCAUCACGGGGCUCCAGACACGGACCCAGCCUGGGCGGCCUGACUGGAGCAAGGUGUUCCAGAAGGUGGCUGCUGAGAAGAAGGGUAAGGUGCAGGUCUUCUUCUGCGGCUCCCCAGCUCUGGCCAAGGUACUCAAGGGUCACUGUGAGCAGCUCAACUUCAGAUUCUUCCAAGAGAACUUCUAGCCCCACCUCUUCAAGCGCUGUCCCAAACCUGCGUUGCCCGUCAGCUUGGCGAACCUUGGGGAUCAUCAAUGGGCGAUUCCGAUUCCUAUUGUGAUGGUAAAAGUGCCCCCGAGACCAGGUUCAGACAACCCAGCCAGUGGGACCCACUAGGGGACAACUAAUCCUGGUCAGCACAUUAGAAUGGGAGGCCCCAAGGGGCAGAUUCAUCUCCUUCAGGACCCACGGGAAUGGAAAGUGCCUUGCUCGGUGCUGCCGUGUGUUCUGGGACUUUGGUGUUGGCCGCAGAUGGUUGUGAAACUGACGAGACCAAAAGCUGGUGGCUGGAAGAUGGGGUUGGGAGGAUGGGAGAGGGUGUAGGGGCUUCUCAGGACAACUGCUCCUCCUGACGGCCUCUGCAGGGAUCCUGUCCCCGGCAACAGUGGGCCCAGAGCUGCCUAAUCAUCUCAAUCAUUUGGAAAAUUUUAUCCUCAACAUUUUUUUUAUUUCUUAUUUUUGAAUUUUUUAAAACGGUGAUUGUUUGGCUUUUUUGUUGUAUUUUUUAACAUUUUUUAUUCUUUUAAAAAUUUUUAUUUUUUCCUCAGCAUUUUAUUAUGACAUUUUUCAAACAUACCUAAAGUUAAAAGAAUUUUACAGUGAACAGUGUUACCCACCUCCUAGAUUUCUCAAUUGACAUUUUGCUAUAUUUGCUUUUUUGCAUUUCAUCCAUCUAUCCCUCCAUCAGUAUAUCUCAUUUUUCUGAUACAUUUAAAGGGCACAGAUAUCAACAAGCUUCACCACUUGGGGGCGCUGUCUGUAAAUGUGGGUUCUUGUGUCUCUCUCUCUCACAAGUUCUGAUUCCAAAGAUCUGGGGUUGAGACCUGGAAUUUGUAUUUUCUCCAAAGUCCAUUCCCAUAGGUGGAGACAAACAGAGCAUCUUCUCACCUCUGUCUGUGUCUUUGUCUUCCCGAUUCUCUCUUUUUCCGUUUCUCUCUGCCUCUUUGUCUCUGUGUCUCUUUCCCGGCUGUGUCCCUCAGUGCCGCUCCACUGCUCUGUAUGUGGGUCUCUCCCUUCUCUCCCUGCAUGGAGUCAUUAGAGAGAUGGGAUGGAGACAGACUUUGUCUGUGGUGUCAAGAAAAUGCCGUGUGCUUCGGGAUCAAGCAAGUCUGGACUCCAGACUCAGCUCGGCCAACCAACUGUGUGGCCCUGGCGCCCUCUUUGAGUCUGUUCUUUCAUCUGUAAAAUGGGACUGAUGGCAUCCACCGGUCACAGUUGACAUGAGGAUGAAAGAGACCCUGCAGUAUGUGCCCAGGAUCCUCCCCUUCCAUGCUUUGCACAGUGCUUUCUCACUCCAGGCAUUCAAGCCUCUGCAUCUUCUUUCUACACCAUGCCUCCCUCUGUCUGUCCCUGUCUCUCCAUCUCUAUUUGCAUCUGUGACUGGGUGGGAGUGGAUGGCAGGGACAACAAGUGUAAAAGCUCUCUGAGGACAUACUUUGGGGAGGGAAGGGGCCCUGGGCAGAGUGGGCUGGGAGUGUUGGCUCCAUCCCCUCAGAUCUGAGCCAGGCAUUUUCCAUCUGCCCCCACACUGCAAGCCCCAGUGAACCCCAUUUCCUGGGCAUCCUCCAGCUGGUAGCCAGCCUUGCUAGGUUCUGCCUCUGCUCUGACUUCUUCUGUGACCCUCCUCCCCCAAACUGCCACUAGGGGGCUAGAGUCAGGCACUUGCCAAUGGCAUUGUAGUUUGUAUCUUUUCCAUGGGUUGGAAGUCCAUGAGGGAGCACAAGUAAAGAAGCUGGGUAAUAACCACGACGAUGACAUCCUUAUAAAUGGGUGGGAUCUCAGGUGGAGGCUGGAAUGCUGCAGAUGAGAGAGGUGGUGAGCAGAGGGGGGAGGAGUGGCCCAGUGAAAGAACCCUGCAGGUGGGAAUGAAACAACGUUGGUGGGAAAUACUCUCUUCAAAGAGAAGCAGUGACAAAGAGAUGAAGACAUGGGCCAUAGGGGAGUGGGCAAAACACAGUGAGAACUGGGGUGGACAGAAGAUGGGAGAAAGGACACUCUCCAAGAUGCCCAGAGGAACAGAAGGAAGAGCAGGAGCUAACUGUCAGCCCUCAUUCAGUAUGGAGAGGCAGAAAGGAAAGGAACUUGGUUUUAUUGAGCCUCUACUGGGAACCAGCAUGUCCAGGAGACCUUGUGUUUAAUUUCCAACAUGCUUGGAGUAGGCAUAUACUUCGGAGAAAUGCAGGCUUGGAAAAAUGAAGUGACUAGCCCGAGGCCACACGCUUUGCUACCCAUUUCCUUCUUUGUUUUCCCCUCUUCAUCAGGCAUGGGAAGGAUUGGGAAAAGCCUGUCAAUAUCUGAAACAUAGAUGCAAAUUAAACAGGGUGUCCUGACUUACAGCUGGAGUAUGUAAAAGGAUGUACUGAAAUGACUAGAAGACUUGGCAGAGCAGGGUCUGUUUAGCACAGGAUUUCAUACACACAUGCAUACACACAUCAUCGUCAUCAUCAUCAUCAUUUUACAUUUUUGUCCAGCCUCUGUGCAUGCUGCCCUAACAUCCUGCAAACCCCAGUCCUCUGUCCCUUGGCCCUCUCAUAAUGGAUUUCCACCAGUCUCCCACACUUACAUACAGACAACUAGCUGUAGUUCCUUUAGUGUUUUGUUACACAGUGGGUGGGAGCAGGUGGAAGAAUUUGAGUAUAAGAUUCUAAAAUUCUAGUAAAGGCCCACCUGUUUGACCUAGGCCCAUAUGCCUAUGUUAGAGGUUUUCUCUCUAGACGUAUUCGAGAUUCUCGCAAGAGGGCGCUGCAGACUCAGGAAUCUCGAGAGUUUUUCUUUCUGCGAAGUAGUUGGUUCCUGAGUGGCAGUGAAUCAAAGCAAGGGGCAGGGAAGACUGCACCCCACUCCAAAGCAGCCCCCUCAGGGAGACCCCUCCAGGCUCAGUCUCUGGCAGAACUAUGAAGUCAGUAGAGUUCAUUUUCAAGGUCAGAGUUUCUCUAGCUGCCAGUCCCUCCCCCUACAUUCAGAUGCACAAAUGUGCGCACACACGCACACACACACACACACACACACACUCCUCCCUCCCAAUACCCAAUGUCCAGGUUCUGGGCGCCCUUCUUUUCUCCUUCUAGCAGAAGGCCCAUUUCAAGGUGCAGUUGAGCUGACCAGCCAGGCUGGGGAAGAGUCCCACAGGUCCUGGCUUUCCCUCAGUGGACAUAUCAUCUUAGGUGACAGGAUCAAAUAUGAUGGUAUACAGAACGCUCAGUCCGUCCAUCCGGAUGCUUCCCAGAAGGACGCCAUCCCACCGCCAACAAGAAACAAAAGCAUCUGUAUGGCGGGCUGACUUUGUUACUUUUCACCCAGAUGUUGGCAAUGCUGUGGACAUGUCUGGGUCCAGGAUAGAUGAGGCUGGCAGACACUACACGAGCAGAGAGGGAACCAGGCUGACCACGGGUAGAAGGUGGAUUAUCAGUGUGAGCACCCGUCUGCGUCCAGGCUGUGCGCUCCCCCAGGUCAGGUCCGUGGCCCCACAAUGGAGCACAGAAGAAAAGGGGGUGGUGCCCAUCAGGGCAAGGGGUUACUUAAAUAGAACUAUCCUCAGGAAGGGUCCUUUGCAUGUGAAAAGGGGUGUGUAACCACUUGUAAUUUGGGGAACAGAAGCACAAGUACAAGCUGGCCGAAUCCCUCAGUCAGGCUCCACAGUGCUGCAGGCAUUAGUGAGACAAACCUGGUGCAGCAUGUUAAUAUACUGGGAGUGCAGGGCGCUUGUGGGAGGGGAGGGUGACAUGGAAGUCACCAGUUCUCUGUGAAGACAAGGUAGACAUUAGAGAUUAGAGACGCCACCCGCCACUGGCUCUGGGCAGAUGCCCUGGAGAAGUGCAGUGGAAAAGACUUGUUCAUCUGGAGGCAGGGCUCCCAGGCGCUACAUUUGCCUAUGACCCAGCCAGCUGUGUGACCGUGCACACGCCACUUGACCUCUCUGAGUGCUCAUUUCCUUACCUUUAACCUGAACAGAUUAAGGAGGUAUGUGUUUGAAAACUUUGUACAUGCACAAUUUCUAAAAAGAUAAACAAAGAUAAGUUUAUUUUAUCUGUUUGCUCUGGGGAGUGGGAAUGAAAGGACAGGAAGGAAAGGGAGAUUUUUUACUUUUUAUUUUCUACCUUCUGUAAAAUUUGAAGUUUUUAUGAUAAACAAGUAUUACUUUUAUAGUUUUAUUUUUAAAGAAUUCCAAAUAGAGUAUUGCAUAAAGGAAAAAAGAAAAAAGUACCAAUUUUGUCUUGUGUAUGUAACGAAAAAAUAAAUGAUGUACAUGUAUAGUGUGGGGACAAAAAGAUUAAAAUGCUCAGAAAGAGGACUGGAAGGAUAUACACCAAACAGUUCACUUUGAUUAACUGUGGAGAAGGUAAAGGAAGACUUUAGCAUUUUCAUCUUAUCUAUUUCAUGUAGUCACACAUUACCUUGUGAUAAUAAAUGGUAUAUGAUUUGUAUACCAAGCACUUCA